AUGAAGUUUUGGAGCCCGAUCAUCUUACUAUUCACCUUUUCUCAUUUCACUGCCGCCAUCCAACCAUUCCAUUGCGGCAAAAAAAGCUUGCAUCCUUUUCCAACGUGCGGUUAUGUGAACCAGGGAGUGUAUCACCUCGCUCCUAGCUCAACAUCUCAGUGCGCGGAUACCCAGAUAUGUUAUUGUUGCCAUAUCCAAUAUGGGACUUGGGCGGCCACCAGCCCCAAAGAAUACGACAACGAGCUCAGAACCCAAUGCAAACCUGCCUUGUAAAGCAUUUUGGAGCAGCAGCAGUCACUGCUGAUCAGU